AUGCCCCCCCAAGCCCACUGGUCCAGAGGCACUUCAGCCUUCCCCGCAGAUGCAUACAGCUUCUACGGCAACUCUCUCCACAAACGGGGCGAAUCCAGCGACCUCGAGCCCACCCUUCUCGCCAUCCCCAUCGCCAUCGUCCUCGUCAUCGGCCUCGCAUCACUCCUAAUCAUCGCGCACAAGAACAAAGACAAGUCCAAAGACCAGGCUUCUGACCCCGAGGGCUUAGGAAACGCCCGUGACGAAGUUGCUCUCCAGGAAGGUAAAGCACAUGUAGAGACAGCGGCCGCACCAGUCGCAGGCCAAACACCCGCACGAGAGCCAGAUGAUGCCCCAAAGAUACCAGUAGAACACAAUAGCUAUCGGCCACCACAGCCACAAGCCUCAGAGAUAGAUACCGUACCAGUAACGGGCACGCCCAUGGCUCAGCCGACAAGAGGGCUGGUGUAUAGUCCGCCAUUGCCGGAAGCUGAUGAAGCAGCGGUAGAGGGUGGGAGAGAUGGGCAGCGCCAGCUGCAUCUGCCGGAGGUGGACGGAAUAGCUGUGUACAAUAUCCAGCAGGCGCUGGAGAUGGAUGCUGCACGGCCUCAGCCAACACAGACACCGGUACCGGUGCACCACCCAGCGGUGCCAGAGGCGGACGGGAGGGCUGUGGUUGGGGAGCUGCCGGGAGCGGAGGAGCAGAUGGCGCAUGAGUCGGAUGGUGCCAAGAAGGUAUAG